AUGGCAAAGAGCAAGGAGCUACUGCAGCAUAUGGAGGAGACCCAUCGGGAGGUGCGCGAAGCCAUAGAGAAGUUCAACAGCAAGGGGGACAAGCACUGUGCCCAGAUGAAGGCCUGGCUGCAGGAGGAGAAGCGCUACAAUGAGGGCAGCUUGAAGAGGCAGUGGAGCAGGAAGAGAUUUGCCAGCAGCAGAGGAAGAAGGAGGCAGAGGCGCCGGAGACUGUGCUGCCGGAGGUGGUGGAAGCACAGCUGGAGAGGGACCUGCUGGCGAGGAGACGCGGCUUCAUGUAUUGGCUGCAGUGAGUGUCCCCUCUGGGUCCCCGGGGGCCCGUUCCCAGGCAGCGGGUGCGAUGGGCCGGACACCUGCUCCAGCCGCCGCGGCUCACAAGUCCAGGCUGCUGGGGAGCUGCUGGCCGGCUGUGGGCUUUGCCGCUGGCAAGUGCUCAGCGUCGGUUUUCCCUGGGCCGGGGCGUUCUCCCGGGCUUGCCGAGUCUCCUGUCCCACCCUGCCCGAGGCUGCAACGCAAAACGGCUGGGGAGGCAGCCCCCGGGGCUCCCAGGACAGCCCCCUCCAUCCCAUAGGCAAGAUGGGCUUGGCAUGCAUCCACCCUGCCCUGUCUCCCAUCCCUCUUCUGCCCCGCAGGAUACUCUGCCUGCUCCUGGUCGGCCUGCAGCUGGCCGUCGGCUUUGCUCUGGCUGCUGCGGUGCUCUACGCCUCCUCCUACGACCCCGAGCUCUUCUACCGCCUGCUGCCGCGUGUGCUGUGUGAGGAGACCUACACCGACCUGGCCUACGCCCUGGGAAAGAUCCUCCCCGUGGCCAGUGAGGGGCUGCUGCCCUUUUGACAGCCCCCGCCAAUAAAGCCUUUUCUGUCUCCACCUCCAUGGGCUCAGGUGUG